AUGGACGUGACGCCGAAAAUAAACCAUCAAAGAGACGUACAUACGCCUUCGUCCACGCGUCCGUCGGUUGCCCGCAUUGCCCUCUCCUCGCCGCACUGCCAACAUCUGCUUCGUGAUGCGUCGGCCACCGAGGUGCACGGAGCACAUGCGCUUCAUUAUACGUUGCCCUUCUGA